AUGAACCCAGAAGCCCAACAGGAUGUUUCAGUUUUCCAGGGAAUUCGCAUGAUAUUUUAUAUGAUGAAGCCCAGUGAAACGUCAUUUGAAACCCUGGAAGAGGUGCCUGAUUAUGUAAAGCAGGCAACCCCAUUUUUCAUUUCCUUAAUGCUUCUUGAACUGGUCGUUAGCUGGAUUCUCAAAGGGAAACCACCAGGUCGUUUGGAUGAUGUAUUGACAUCGGUAUCAGCCGGCAUUUUUUCUCGGCUUCCAAGCUUGUUUUCUAGGAGCAUCGAACUGACCACUUACAUUUAUAUCUGGGAGAACUACAGGCUCAUCAGUUUGCCUUGGCAUUCUCCAUGGACUUGGUAUUUAACUUUCUUAGGAGUUGAUUUUGGCUACUACUGGUUCCAUCGCAUGGCCCAUGAGGUUAAUAUCAUGUGGGCUGGACACCAAACCCACCACAGUUCUGAAGACUAUAACUUAUCCACAGCACUGAGACAAUCUAUUUUGCAAGUAUAUACUUCCUGGAUAUUCUACUCUCCCCUGGCCCUCUUCGUACCACCUUCAGUAUAUGCUGUUCAUCUUCAGUUCAAUCUUCUCUACCAAUUUUGGAUCCACACAGAGGUCAUCAAUAACCUUGGUCCUUUGGAACUGAUUAUUAAUACUCCUAGCCAUCAUAGGGUUCAUCACGGCAGAAACCGUUAUUGCAUAGACAAAAAUUAUGCCGGUGUUCUUAUUAUAUGGGAUAGAAUUUUUGGGACAUUUGAGGCAGAGAAUGAGAAAGUUGUAUAUGGCCUAACACAUCCCAUUAAUACAUUCGAACCAUUCAAGGUGCAGUUCCACCAUUUAGUUUACAUAUGGACUACAUUCUGGGCCACACCUGGAUUCUUCAACAAGUUUUCUGUCAUAUUUAAAGGACCAGGAUGGGGUCCAGGUAAACCAAGACUUGGACUGAGUGAAGAAAUCCCAGAGAUCACGGGGGAAGAAUGUCCCUUCUCAUCCUCGGUGUCUCAUCUUUUAAAGAUCUAUGCAGUUGUACAGUCUGCUUUGAUGCUAGCGUUUUAUGAAGAGACCUUUGCGGAUAAAGCUGUGCUAUCACAGGUCACACUCCUUCUGAGGGUUGCCUUCAUUAUCCUGACGUUGACCUCCAUUGGAUUUCUUCUGGAUCAAAGACCUAAGGCAGCUGUUCUGGAAACUUUCCGUUGCUUGGUAUUCCUCAUGUUGUGUAGAUUUGGUCAUCUGAAGCCUUUCAUGCCUUCUUUGUCAUUUGCCUUUGAGAUUUUUUUUUCCAUCUGCAUUGCUUUCUGGGGAGUCAGAAGCAUGAAAGAACUUGCCUUCGGCCCUUGGAAAUAAGUUUGUAUUCAAUUCUUUGGUUUUAGUCAGUUGUCUACAACCACAGUAUAUUAUGAUUGCCUC